GGCACAUAUUGGUUCGUCAGAGAGGCCGACUGCAUUCCUGCCCACACAUAGUGUUGUAGCUUGCACGACUGUCAUCGCCCGGGUCCCUAUCUGGGAAGCACGCUCUACCCUCCCUUCCUGGUCCCUUCUAUCUCUAUCUUCAAGCUCUCAUUAUUCCCGCAAUAAACAUCAUUUAUAAAUUCUCAGCAUUCUAUCUUCUUCGAUAGAAGUUACAGAAUAGGAAUACAAAAUGGCGGCAUUUGUAGCCAAGCAGAUGUUGGGGAGUAAAAUGAAUGCCGUCAAAGGUAGCGUAGGAGGUGAAAACGAAAUGACGGAAGAAGAAAAGCAAGCAGCUGAAGAAGCUGAGAAAGAAAGAUUGGAUGCCUUGAGGGAAAUCGAAGAACGACGAAAGGAAAAGCAUCGUAAAUUAGAAGAAGAGCGUGAGCAAAUGAGGCAACAAAUUCGUGAUAAGUAUAAUAUAAAGAAGAAAGAGGAAAUAGAAGCUGAGAAUNAUUUUAUGGUUUUCUUUACAGAGUUGAAGAACUCGCUGGAAACGCAAGUAAACGAGCUCAAGUCGACAAUUGAAGGAAAGUGUGCUCUUCAAUGAAAUAUCUGGCCAUGUUCUAUGCAACACUAAUUUUAUUUCUUCUAGAAUAUAUCCGUGCAAUUAGCCGUAUUUCGAAAUCGUAUUUUUAGUCCAAACAAACAAAAAACACACUUUCUAAGUGGAAAAAAAUCUUCAUUUCACACGUAAAUAAAUGAUAUAUGAUUAUUUACUUUAAUUAAAAAAUGGAAGCCCAAACGGAAAGGAAUCAAAUAAUCCACAUAACCACAAGACCAAAUUGCCCCGCACCUAUUGCUUGCGGAUCACUUAACAGGUUUCCAAGACAACGAUCCCACGCGCUCAGAUGAUGUGUCUCCAUGAUGAUGUGUGUCUUGACACUUCAGCGAUUGUCCUGUUAUGUUUUGUAUCCUCCUCCUUCCCCGGCUUGAUUGCGAUCAUUCAGCUGAAUGGCCCGGCGGUUCAAUCACAAAACAACGAAUAUUCAUUGUUCGCCGCGCUCUUAACUUCAAGGCACCUAGAAUGUAUAUAAUUACAUAUUAAUGUGUGUGUACAUGUGCAUGUGUGAUGUAAACUAGCUAUUCUUUCCAUAUACCAUCGUUGUGUCUAUCCUAUAUUUUAAAAAAAUCAUCCUGAAACGUGCCAAUUAAUGGUAUAUAGGCAUAUCUUUCGUCGGCGAAGAAAGACUGUAGAACCCUUGUGUAUUUAUGAUUGUCCGUGUUUAUAACUAUCAUAGUCACCUAUACAUAGUCCAGUUUUCAUAGAUGGUGUCAAAACAGCAUUUAUCAAUCGUUUCUUAAUUUGAAAAUGAAGGAAUAUCUAGUGAAUUGAUGUCAAAUUCAUUCAAAACACUUGAUCUCCAGAAGAUCUCUAUAUAAAUGCAAUGGGUUGGACAAGUGAAAACUGAUGUUUAGCCCCAAAAUUGCAGAAAUAUUUUAGACUUUUUAAGUCUAUAAUUUCUAUAAUAAAGAAUAUAUGAAUCUUGAAGUAAGAAAGAGAAUUCUAGGUAAAAAGCUAUGAAAACAAAUAGGUCUUUUUAGGACAUUUUUUAGAGAUUCAAAUGAUGCAUGAGAGACUGAUUGAAAAAUGCUGUUAGAAGUAUUGGGGCAGUUAAUAUGUAUAUGUUCUAUAUGUUCUUUUUAUAGUUAGAUUCAGCUGCACUAAUAGAGUACAUAUAUAGAAGAAUUAUUUGAAGGCGAGGUCUUGAUUAAAAAGUGGUGAAGUGAUAAAAUCGAGAAUUGAGAUUCUCAAAUGAGGGCAAUACAUAAUAAGACAUUAUAUAAAAGGUGCCUUUAUUCCCAGCAUAAAGGUGAAUUCUUGUUCUACAUGCUGUAUAUAAAUGUUAGUGAUGUUUGUUUAUAUUGUUUAAAGCAAUAUAUAAAAAUUGUGGAAAAUUUUGAAAAUUUUUAAUUGGUAUAAGAAUUGUUAGGGAAGAUUCCAAAGACAAGAAACAGCAAAAAUUUUUUCAUUUUUCUUUUCCUUUUUUCAAAUACAUAAACUUGAUAUCCUCUAUCAGUUAUUUCAAUGUUUCUGCUAUGGCUUAUCCUUUUUCUAGUAGGGUUGCCAUCCUUACAACAAUGAUGAAUCCUUAAAAUAAAAUUGAUUGGGGUCUCUAAAUAACAGGCCAGUUGGUGCAUUAAUGCCAUUAUACUAAAUGCCUCUAUUGAGAGAGCAGAGCGUAUUAAUAAGUGUAUUUUAUUAUACACAAAUUGCUCAUUGAGAAGUUUUGCAAUUUGAGAUAUUUUUAGUUAAUAUUUUUUGUAUGGGAAAUAAAAAAAAAUUUCGUACUCCCGACUUUAUAAUCUAAUCUCCUUGAAACCGAAACAGCUUCGGAAUAAAAUAAUAAUAAUAGAUUAUUCAGGAGCUAGUUAGCAACUUUUAGUAAUUUAUAUUUAGAAAAUUAUUAUAAAAAAAUACUAUUUCUUGUACAAGAUCAGAUUUCCAUUCUGAGAGAUUUCCUGACAAGUUUUGAACUUGGCAUAAUUAAGAAAAUUGAUACAAGAUGAUUAAAAAUAUAAUUAUUUGUGAUUCAACUGGAAAGAAUUUGAACAUAGAAAAACCUAUAAAGAUAGGAUUUAACUUAUGCGUGAAAAUGAAGGACUGAAUUAAACAUCCCAAAACACGAAAGAUUUUGAAAAAAAUUGAUUUCUAAAAGUAAUAUUGAAAACAUAAAAUUUCUAAUAAGUCUCACAAUAAGUGGCAACCCUAUUUAAAAUGUUUGGUACUAUUCCUUUAGAAAUCUUUGUUAUUCAGAAAAUUGAUAAAUUCACAAAAUAAUUUAUUUGAAAUUAUAAAUACUUAAAUUCUUAAAUUUGUGAAUUAAUUUUGAAGUUUCACAAGAAAUAUUACAUUUGAAUUAAC